AUGCCCUCAGACACUCCUCACGAAGACUCACCCCAGAAGCGCAAGCGCCCGCUAGAUGACAUCGGCGGAGAUAGAGAGCAGAAGAAAGUUCACACCGACGAGGAUCGCAGACUCGGUAUUGAGAACCUACAUCUUGAUGUGGGCGAGAAAUACCUUCUUUGCAAAACUCCGCAUCCGCCUGCACGGCCUCGAUUGGAGGAAGAUCUCUUCGAGAUGUACAACCUGACAGGAAUCGCUGCAGAGGUUGCUCGUGUUCUGCCAAACGGUGAGAAGAACGCCAUGAGAAAAACGUACAAGGGGCACAUCAAGAAACUGGGUGUCAACGGCCAUUUUGACUCGGUCAAGAAAGACGAGAAAGAUCCCGAUGGUUUCUUGGCGAUGCUGUACGCACCCGAACUGGAGUGGAAUGUCCACAUGGUUAAGGGCAAGGAGAUUGAGAACGGCUUCUCAGAUGUGGUGCGGGGAAGUCUCGGCAGAGCAAUGACCAUGGCUAAGGGACCGAUCGACAAGAGAAGAUGGGACAGCUCAGUGUUGGGCGAUCUGGCACAAGACAAGGUAGCUGCGAAUAAGCAACCCUCAUCUGCGAAGGCAACUGCACCAAGCACACCUGCGGCUUCCGCAAUGGGUGCUGUCAACCCGCGUCUGAAGGCUCAAGGGGCUGCUGGCCAGGAGGCAGCACGUCCCCGCCGAAGCAUCAUGAAGCGAAGCUACGGCGACAACAGCUUCGAGGGCUAUGGCGAAGGCUUCCCGGACGAUGACGGCGGUGUCGAGACUGGCUACUCCACUGGCGAAGGCGAGGGAGGAGUCAAGAGGAGAAAGAAGGUGCUUAACGCCCUGAUUUCGAAUCUACCACAUGGAUUUCAUGCUGACACGUUACAGAACCCAGCAAACUCUCAGCCAUUUCCCGGAGCUGUACGCCAGGCGAGUUACGGCCCUGGUAUGGUAGGAGCGUGA